AACAGUGUGUUAAGAGUGACGGAGGAGACUCGGGAUAAGAGGCAUGGGAAGAGUGAGUGAGGGCUUAGGACUGAGGGGUAUAAGUUCUUGCUUUAUGCUUAGAGACUAGAGAGAGAGAAAUCAUAAACUUAACUGAGAAACAAGGGUAUGGCAUCGGGGAGUUUUGGAAUUAGGAGGGUAAUCUGGAGCUGUCCCUGCCCUCUAGUUUGGUUAUUGGUUUUGGGGUGGAUGGGCAUCGGAGGAGUAGUUGUAGUGGGGGGUUUAAACUUAUCAUCAUCAUCCACUUCCAAAUACUCCAACUGUGAAUUCCCAGCGAUCUACAACUUUGGGGACUCCAACUCAGACACCGGCGGUAGAUCUGCGGCGUUCGAUGCGGUCCCUCCUCCCAACGGUGAGACCUUCUUCGGCAAGCCCUCCGGCAGGUUCUGCGAUGGCCGUCUCAUAAUCGAUUUCAUCGCGGAGGAAUUGGGACUACCCUAUCUGAGCGCGUACCUGGACUCAGUGGGAACUAAUUUCAGGAAAGGGGCGAACUUCGCAGUAGGAGGAGCGUCAAUCCGGCAAGGAGGUUACAGUCCCUUCCAUCUCGACAUCCAGAUCUCUCAGUUCCAACAGUUCAAAGCUCGAUCUCUACAACUCCUCUCUUCUGAUUACAAGAAUCAUCUGCCAAGACCAGAGGAUUUCUCCAAGGCACUGUACACCUUCGAUAUCGGCCAGAACGAUCUCUCCUUCGGGUUUCAACACACUUCAGAAGAACAAGUUCGAGCUUCAGUUCCUGAUAUCCUCGAUCAAUUCUCCCUGGCUAUUCAGCGACUUUAUGACGAAGGGGCGAGGAUAUUUUGGGUACACAAUACGGGGCCCGUGGGUUGCCUGCCUUACGCCGUUAUAUAUUAUCCAAACAAGGACGGUUCGCAUCUGGACCAGAACGGUUGCGUUAAGACCCAAAACGAGGUGGCCCAGGAGUUCAACCGGCAGCUUUUGGAACGGAUCAGCAAACUCAGGAGUCGGUUUCCCCUUGCGAUUUUCACAUACAUCGACGUGUAUUCGGCGAAAUAUGAUCUCAUUAGCAACGCCGUUAAUCAAGGUUUUGUGGACCCACUUAAGUUCUGUUGUGGAAGCUACUACGGCUAUCAUGUGGACUGUGGGAAGAGGGUAGUGAUCAACGGGACCGUCUACGGAAAUGCUUGUGGGAACCCGAGUAGGCAUGUUAGCUGGGAUGGGAUCCACUACUCUCAGGAAGCCAAUCGCCGUGUUGCAAUACGUAUCCUAGGCUGUUCCUUGUCCCACCCACCCAUUCCUAUCACUCAAGCCUGUCACCCUUCCUCGCCUUCAUAAGAAUCAUAACCCCAUGGCCUCAUCGUCUCAUCAUAUAUAACUAAGGAGUAGGUUUUCCUUCACCCACGGAGGAGUAGGGUUCAGCCACCCAUCUCAACUCUCAUUUGAUUUUGAUUUUGAUUUUUGUAAGCUAAAUAGUGUAGGGAAUAGUGAUGGGACACGUAAAAGUUUCAGCCAUGUGGCUUCAACUGUGGAUGGUAUGUAUUUGCUAUAUAAAUAAAAGGAGAGAGAACGCUAGCUACCUGUA